GCCCUCCCCGACCGCGCAUGCGGCUGUGCCGGGCCGGGGCAGCGCCGCCGCGCUCCGGGCUUCAAGUGCGGGCGUCCCCGGCCCCCUACCCUCCGCCCCGGCGGGCCGCCCCGGCAGAUGGGCUUAGGCUGGAGCAGCGCGGAGGAGCGGCAGCCGCUCCUGCGGCCCCCGCCGCCCCCACCGGCAGCGCAGCGGCGGCCGCAGCCUCGGGGGCCGGCGGGGGGCCCGGCCGUGCCGGUUCCCGUUCGGCGGUUGGCGCCGGCCGCGGGCCGCGUGUACGGGCGGCGGUGGUUGGUGCUGCUGCUCUUCUCGCUGCUGGGCUUCUCGCAGGGCCUGGUGUGGAACAGCUGGGGCCCCAUCCAGAACUCGGCCCGCCUGGCCUUCGGUUUCAGCGGCUGGGACAUCGCCCUGCUCGUCUUCUGGGGGCCCAUCGGCUUCGUGCCCUGCUUCUUCUUCAUGUGGCUGAUGGACAAGAAGGGUCUUAGAGUGACUGUAUUACUAACAUCAUCACUCAUGGUUUUGGGAGCUGGCCUAAGAUGUGUUCCAGUUUCAGACCUGGAACUAAGGAAGAAGCUGAUUCAUGGAGGGCAGCUGUUAAAUGGCUUGGCGGGGCCAACUGUGAUGAACGCAGCCCCGUUUCUUUCCACAACGUGGUUCUCUCCCGACGAACGUGCGACAGCAACGGCGAUUGCCUCCCUGCUCAAUUACCUGGGCUGUGCUGGCGCGUUUUUAGUGGGACCUCUUGUGGUGCCACCUCCUAAUGGAACCUCGCACCUCCCGCUGUUGUCACAGAGCAGCACCGAGCACAUCAAGGACCGCAUUGAGGCUGUGCUCUAUGCAGAAUUUGGGAUGGUUUCCUUGAUAUUUUCCGCAGCGUUGGCCUACUUCCCCUCACGCCCUCCAUUCCCUCCCAGUGUGGCUGCAGCUAGUCAGCGGCUUAGCUACAGGAGGAGCUUCUGCAGACUCUUAAGCAAUUUCCGAUUCUUGAUGAUUGCUUUAGCCUAUGCUAUACCACUGGGUGUUUUCUCUGGCUGGUCUGGCGUUCUGGAUUUGAUAUUAACACCAGUUCAUGUGAGCCAAGUAGAUGCAGGCUGGAUUGGAUUUUGGUCUAUAGUUGGAGGCUGCGUUGUUGGCAUAGCAAUGGCAAGAUUUGCAGAUUUUAUUAGGGGCAUGCUGAAAUUUAUUCUGCUGCUGCUUUUAUCUGGAGCAACGUUAGCAUCAACCUGGUUCACUCUCACCUGUCUAACUACUGUCACCCAUCUGCCUUUAACCACAGCCACACUGUAUACAUCCUGUAUUUUGUUGGGCAUAUUUCUCAACAGCAGCAUACCAAUAUUCUUUGAGCUCUUUGUGGAAACAGUCUACCCUGUUCCAGAAGGAAUUACCUGUGGAGUUGUCACCUUUUUGAGUAAUGUGUUUAUGGGAGUGCUUUUGUUUUUCCUCACGUUUUACCACACAGAGUUCUCCUGGUUCAACUGGUGCCUCCCAGGAUCAUGUCUGCUCAGCCUGCUCCUCAUCCUGUGCUUCCGGGAAUCCUACGACAGACUCUAUCUCGACGUCGUUGUCUCUGUUUGAUAACACAGGACUGCUGACAGGUUGGGAGAGACUGAGUUGACUUUUACAGUCUGCACAUCUGCCUGGAUUUGCACAGCUAGCCAGAGGGGGGAAAAAAAUAUACAAGAUAUAAUUGUGGCUUUAUUAGUGAAGGUGAGGACAGGAUGUUUCUUAUAUUCAAGCCCACUCAAUUUGCAUUCAUUACAGGCAGAUGAACGUGCAACUUGAGUGGUCAUAAAGAUGCCUGAAAUGCACAAGAAGAAUAUAUCUGAUGUACAGUUUCCAGUGUCUGACCUGGGUUUCUCUAUUUGAAGGCUGUUUUGUUCAUGUAGCAGUGAGGUGUAUGUUAGUGUGAGUGUGUGUGAGAGAGCCAACUCAAGGUAGUAUGCACUGGGGUACUGGUAACUUUUGAGUCUUCUAUCAGAAUAGGAACAGUGAAUAAUCUCACCAAAAAAAAAAAAAAAAAAAAAAAAAAGGGAAAGGAGGACAAAAAAAGAGGAAAAAUCUUUUUUUUUUUUUUUUUUUUAAAGAUCUGUCUUCUAAAUUGCCAGUCAUUUAUAUACUGUGUCCAUUAAACAGUUAAGCUAAAAUAAUUUGGUGCUGUACACUACAUUUACAUUCUAAUAAAGUGAUUUCUGAUAUAAGACACUGGUACCAGGGCUUUUAGCCAUACUAAAUAGCAAAACAAUCCUUGCAACAUUGCUAGGUGUGUGUUUGUCACUGUGGUGCAUGUAUAAUCCGAAUGAUAGCUGUAGCUGCCACUGAACGUGACUUGCACAACACUUGCCUCUGAAAUACCACCAUGGUUCUGUAUGGGCACACGGCAUCUGUGGUACCUCAGAAGUUUACUGUAGAGUCAAUUUUUGGUAAAUUUUGCAGUUUUAAAGGCCGCCACUGUUUCACCUCUUCAUGCUCCAUCUCUAGUACUGCCUUUUGUUCUUUUCUACUGUGAAGACCUGUUCACACCGCUAAGUCCUGUUGGUGUGGAUGUGGAUUUGAGUCCUGGUCGUUCUCUUCUGAUGCUCUUAAGAUAUGCAUGUUUUUUUAGGAUUAGUUUACAAUCGAGGGUGCCUAAGCAAUACUGUUUGUUAAUCCAAGUCUUUAAAAUCACAGUUUCCUAAAAUAUGUUUAUAGUUUGCUGGGGCACCCCGAUAGCGAAAUGACAAUGAGAAAUAUCUCAUGAGUUCUGGCAUAACACGGAAACAUAAUGCCAGCUCUUUUUAUCAGAACUAAUUGGUGGUCAUUGUGGCCCUUACUUGAACGUAAAUAUUGAAGACACUUGGAAUAGUUUUUUAACUCAAUUUUAAACUUGCUAAUAAUUUCUUAAUUCUAUUCUUAUAUUUCAGUUCAUCAUCAUUUACAAUAUUCCCUGUAUGUGUGUGCUGUGCUUUGUGUUAGGUGUGCGAGUGUGUCUGCAUGUUUAUAUCUAUGUAUACACAAAUAUAACUUAUAUAUAUCUUAUACAUAUCUUUAUAAAUAUAUAUAUGAGUUGUAUAAGGGUAUGUGUUUACAUAGGUUUAUUUUAAAUAUUCCUGUCUCUGGAUGGUGGGUAUGCCACUAUUUGUAGCUAAACCAGUCACUGCCGUGAAUGAAAAUACACACACGGGCUGUCUGUGACAUGAAUUUUCUUUUCAUGGGGUGAAUGACUUCCUACUGUAGCUGUUUUAUAAUACGGAGCGCAUGCACGUGUUGGAGGAGGUUGGUGUGCAGAGUUCUGUGUCAAUAGAAGUUUGAAUCAAACGCCCUUUGCUCCUACGUGGGGCUCUUCUCUGUCUUUCUUGAGUGAUACAGACACUGUAAACUCACUCAAAUAAAACCUGAUCUGAGCACUACCUUUCA